UGUUAUGUGAUCAACCCACAAAAUGCCAUGUUCUGUCUUUUCUCUUACCCCAGCUCAAAUUACAAGAUAUAUGCAAGAGACUCAAGGUGGAAAUCAAACAGAAGUGACAGGAUUUAUUCUCUUAGGACUCUCAGAUGACCCAGAUCUACAAGUUAUCCUUUUUGUAGUGUUUCUAUUAAUCUAUAUGGCUACUAUGGUAGGCAAUUUGGGGAUGAUAUUGCUGAUUAAGACUGAUUCCUGUCUCCACACUCCCAUGUACUUCUUCCUCAGCAGCCUCUCCUUUGUUGAUGCCUCCUACUCUUCUUCUGUAACUCCUAAGUUGCUGAUGAACCUUGUGGCUGAGAAUAAAGCCAUUUCUUUCAAUGCAUGUGCCACCCAGUUCUACUUCUUUGGCUCCUUCCUAGGCACUGAGUGCUUCCUGUUGGCCAUGAUGGCAUAUGACCGCUACUCAGCCAUUUGGAACCCCCUGCUGUAUCCAGUUCUCAUGUCCGGGAGAAUUUGCUUCAUACUAGUGGCUACCUCAUUCCUUGCAGGCUUUGGGAAUGGAGCCAUCCACACAGGGAUGACUUUUAGAUUGUCCUUUUGUGGAUCUAAUAGGAUCAACCAUUUCUACUGUGAUACUCCACCCUUGCUUAAAAUCUCUUGCUCUGACACCUAUAUCAAUGGCAUUGUGAUCAUGACUUCCUCCAGUUUUAAUGUCAUUACCUGUGUUGUUAUUGUCCUUAUUUCCUACCUAUGCAUCCUCAUCGCCAUCUUGAGAAUGCCCUCAGUAGAGGGCAGGCACAAAGCCUUCUCUACCUGUGCCUCCCACCUCACUGCUGUCACCAUAUUCUUUGGGACGAUUCUUUUCAUGUACUUGCGCCCAACAUCUAGUUACUCAAUGGAGCAGGACAAGGUUGUCUCUGUCUUUUAUACUGUAGUGAUCCCUAUGCUGAAUCCCCUCAUCUACAGUUUAAAAAAUAAGGAUGUGAAAGAGGCCCUAAAGAAGGUCUUACAGAAAACCAUACUGUGAAGACACGUUAAACAUUUUCCUGGUACUUGCAUUAAGACAGAUGAUUUAAAAUGAGAUGUCCUGCUUGUUCUCUUCAUAUCUGAAACAUAUAUACAUGGGCCCAUCUGAUGAUUCAGCACAGUAGGUGAAGGCAGUGUCUGGUAGAAUGUUUAAACUUUUGGAAUCCACUAGCCUGGGUUUAUGUUCCAACUUCAAUAUUCAUUCAUGUCAACCUCAGUUUUAUUAUAUCUACCUUGAUGUCUCCAGUUGGAUUCCAGGAAAAGAGACUCAGUAAAAAAGAUUUGUGUGCAGGAAGAGUUAUUGCAGAGUGUUCCAGGAAUAAUUUCUGUAAGGGAGAAAGGGAAGUGGGAUUGAGAAGAAGCUGAAUCGUGAUGAAUUUACAACAAGGACUAAGCCAAUUAUAUGUCUACUCUUCCUAAGUACCCUGGAGCUCUGGAGCUAGGAUGGCCUUUCAGUGAUGACCAGGCUUGUGAUAAGGGUCAUACAUUUUCAUUCCCAAUGACCAGUUCUGGAUAUACGUUAGCUUCUGGGAGGGGGCACAAACUUAAGCAAGGCAAUUCCUUAAACCAUAAGGAAAUUUCCAGAUAGGAACUCAACUAUGAACAUUUAGCUGCUGAUGUAUCUGGCAGAUGAGGAAAUUUCUACCCUAAAAGGGACAUCUGGGCUGUGUACCACAGCAUUACUAUAAAUAAUAACAGUUAUUCCACUCACAAGAAUGC